UGUGUGCGCUAAGGGCUGCUCCGCUCUUACUAAUGCGAUUAAUGAACACAACGAAACAACUGAGGGAACACUAAACAAAAACCCUGCUUUCCCGUUUCGUCUGUUUUAAUACGGACAAGCUGCGUGUCUGCAAGGAAUCAAGCCGCUGCACGAGCACAAAGGAAAAUUAAAAACGAAGCAAAGGUGGUUUGUGGAAUGUCACAACUUCCUUAAGCGAUUCAGCACUUUACCCUCAGCUUAAUCACCUGACUGAAAUCCUGCUGUCUGAUUGGAUCAUCUUUUGAGGAUCUUGAGUGAAAAUCUCUUUGGUCUUGCAUAGCCAUCUACCCUCUUGAACACCAGUGACCGCCAAAGCUUUUCCACCACUGCUCCUCUCCUGAAAGGAUAACAGUGGUGUUCAGUCUACUCUGGGUCAUGCUGUGUGGCUGACUUCUAUGCUCUAGCUGAAAUGAGGUUGGUGAUUUUGGGGUCGCGGCCCCUCUUAGCCUUGACCUUCAUGCUCGCCCUCACCUGCCUAAAACAUCUGUGCCAUGGUGCGCCACCCUUCCCUCAGGACCUGGAGCCCAUCAGCACCGUCGGUAGUGAACGCACCUACCUGUACCCCAGUUUCCAGGGGAACAUGUCCGAUAACGACACCGCCAGACUAGGGCUGGAUUUCCAGAGGAUGCUGCGGAUUAAUCACAUGGUCUACAUUGCUGCAAGAGAUCACGUUUUUGCCAUUAACCUCAGUGCUUCAGCGGAGCACAUCGUCCCCCAACAGAAACUGACAUGGAAGACAGAGGAUGUGGAGAAAUGCACAGUCAGGGGGAAAAACAGCGAUGAGUGUUACAACUACAUCAAAGUGCUGGUGCCACGUAACGAUGAAACACUCUUUGCGUGUGGAACCAAUGCGUUCAACCCAACAUGUCGCAACUACAAGAUGUCGUCUUUGGAGCAGGAUGGAGAGGAGGUGGUCGGUCAAGCCCGUUGCCCUUUCGAAUCCCACCAGUCCAACCUUGGCCUGUUUGCCGGCGGUGACUUUUAUUCAGCCACAAUGACAGAUUUUCUAGCAAGUGAUGCAGUGAUUUACCGAAGUUUAGGAGAAAGUAGUCCUGUCCUGCGUACCGUAAAGUAUGACUCAAAAUGGCUUCGAGAGCCUCAUUUUCUUCAUGCCAUUGAGUACGGGAACUACAUCUACUUCUUCCUCAGUGAGAUUGCAGUAGAGUACACAACCCUUGGCAAGGUGGUGUUCUCUCGGGUCGCUCGUGUGUGUAAGAAUGAUAAUGGCGGUUCUCCAAGGGUUCUGGAGCGCUACUGGACGUCUUUCCUGAAAGCCCGAUUAAACUGUUCUGUUCCGGGCGAUUCGUUUUUCUACUUUGACGUCCUUCAGUCAUUAACCAAUGUCAUGCAGAUCAACCACAGGCCUGCGGUGUUAGGCGUCUUUACCACUCAAGCCAACAGCAUCACCGGUUCUGCCGCAUGUGCGUUCUACAUGGAUGACAUAGAGAAAGCGUUCAAUGGAAGGUUUAAGGAGCAGAGAAACAGCGAGUUGGCCUGGACGCCAGUUCCUGAUGAAAUGGUGCCCAAACCACGGCCGGGGUCCUGUGCUGGUGAUGGCCCUGCUGCUGGUUAUAAGUCCUCCACAGAUUUCCCUGAUGAAACUCUUACAUUCAUUAAGUCUUAUCCACUAAUGGAUGAGGCCGUACCAUCUGUCAACAACCGACCCUGCUUCACACGAACCACUAGCAGGUUCAAGCUGACCCAGAUUGCUGUGGACACAGCAGCUGGCCCAUAUAAGAACUACACGGUUCUGUUUCUGGGUUCAGAAAAUGGACGCGUUUUGAAGAUUCUCGCCAGCACGCAUCCAAACUCCACCUUCGGCACGCAGGUUUUGGAGGACAUAGAUGUUUACAACCCCAACAUGUGUAAUGCACGUGGUGAGGACCGGAGGAUUUUGGGAUUGGAGUUGGACAAGGACCAUCAUGCCCUGUUUGUGGCGUUCUCAAGUUGCGUGAUCCGCGUUCCACUCAGUCGCUGUUCUGACUAUGGCAAUUGCAAAAAGAGCUGUCUGUCCUCGCGAGACCCUUACUGCAUCUGGCUGAGCAUGGGGAACUGUGCCUCAGUGGCGCCGGGAUUCAAGUCAGGAUUUGAGCAGUAUGUGGAGAGUGGAUAUCCUGAGUACCCAGACAGCUGUCAUGAUGUCUUGGCCACGACUCGCAAGCAGAACCCUGCGGUGGACUCGGCAUACGGAAAGACCUCACCCACAAGCGCCAGCACAACCAAUCAGGGACCAGCUCUGCCUAAAAUCAAGGGUGUCUCUGAGACAGGUACCCGCCCCGAGGAGGGGAGGCGGGGAGGGCAGGGUUCUCCUGACUUGAAGCCAGGCAGUGUGGAGAUGGAGGGAGUGCGUCGACUCCCUGAGGUUGAUAAGUCCAACCACAGUGUUCACUACACUCUGCUCAUUGCAUGUGUCCUGGUGGCGUUUGUCCUGGGAGCUUUCCUCUCUGGAUUUCUCGUUUCCUGUUACUGCAACCACAAUGUGAACAAGACCAAAAGGCUGUCGAAAGAUUCAGAAGCACCAAUCCCACAUGCUCUAUCCUUGCGCAGCCUGGCCAAGUUAAAUGGCUUGCUGGAGAGCCAAAACAAGGAUGAGAAGCUGGAGGUAUCCUCCCCCAAACUCUAUAACUCUUUCUUUAAAAAUGGAAAAGAGCAGGUGCAUCACAGGAAUGGCCAUCAUGCUGCCAUGACCGAACUCAUUCACCCACAUCAUCACAACUCCGCAGAGCUCUCUGGCCUUCCGACGCCUGAUUCGACACCAGAGCUCCCGAUCAAAAGUAUGAAGGCCUUCAAGAACCAAUGGGAGAAGAAUCAAAACUGCAAUAACGCUAAAGAACCCAAGUCCCAUAACAUGGGAGCAUCUCGUCCGACCACUGGGAUGCAGCAUCAGGUUUUCCCCUUCUCCCAAGGACUGACCAACGGACAAGUACUAGGUAGCUCAGCACACAUGGAGGAACGCAAAGUUCACAGUGCGGAGCGUGUGGCAAGCCAGCCAUAUCACUGCUACCCACAUAAAAUUGUGGAUGUCACCUCGCUUGAUGAGCUUCUGAAACACAUCCACGAAAUCAAUGUGGCUACGGGCAGGAGUCCCACUGUCCUCACCUCAUCCAUGUCAGCCAACGCUGGUCAGAUGGCGUUCGCAAACCGCAUGCAGCCGCAGAUCCCAGAAACAGAGUCUGCGCUGUACUAUAGUUCCUCCACUCUUCCUCGGGACAGUCUUACUCGCCGCAUGGAUGUCCCACCAGAGAUUCCUCCUCAUCAUCAAUCCACUCUGGAGAGAGUGUCCCGUCACCAGUCUCAACGCCACUCUUUGAUAACCACUCCCAAGAUGCCCAGUGGGGGUGUGGUGCCACGGCAGCACAGCUUCAACCAACGCAGCGCCCAUCAGCCCCUGCUGCUCUCCCGAAUGAAUUCUAACGGCAGCAGUUCGGGUUGCGAUAUACGGAACCCACUCAUCCCUAAUGGAUACCUAACUCGCCAGCAUAGCUACAGCGAGCAGCCAGAUGUCCACCGUGGAGCUAUUGUCCGUCGGACAGCCUCACUCAAGCCCGACGUCCCACCCAAACCGCUGUUUAUCCCUGCUAGCUCGCCUGUCAACCAGGCAGGGAAGUUCAACUACUGAACGACAGAGAAGAAAAGCCUGUGGUUUUUCAUAAAAAGCUACUUGACCUCUCAGAACCAACUGUGGUCUACAAUAGUUAAAAGAUUGGACAAAAAAAAACAUGCCUUUAUAGGGGAACUAAAAAAAAUCCUCUGGAGUUUGGCUGCCAGUGUUGUCGAUUUUACAUUUGAACUAUGACCUGUUUUUCUGUUUCAUUAAUAUAUUUGUACCAUAUUGGUAUUGUUCAGCUAUUGGCCAUGAGGAGUUACAGGAGUUCACCUAGAUUUAGGCUGCCACAGUGAUAAGUGUGUGGCUUUACGAUGUUACUUUGGACUGUACGGACAGGUGUCACUGCUCCAAAUCUCUGGACCUGAACUUUUAUCCGAACAAGUGUACACACCUUGUUUGAUAUUCUGAUCUUUCUUGCUUUGGAUUAACUAUUCCGUUGAUGUAGAGUUGAUGAAAUGU